UCGUGCGUUAUUUUUAUUUGUAUUCUUCAUCACCCCAUUUCGCAUAUUAUGCAUAAUUGUAUAUGAUAUAUUCGAACAGAAAAUUUGAUGAAAAUAUAAAUAGUAAAUAAGUUAGUAAAAAUAUUUAUAAUUUUUUGCACUUUGGUUGAGAUUAUUUAGGUACUUGUAAUAAAAACUUUAUUCUGUUAAGAAAUAUUUCAAAAGUACACUUGUACAUAUCACAAUGUCGUUUGUUACAAUAGGCUUUUUCAACACUUCUUAAAAUCGUUUAUCUAGGUUUCUGUAUUCUGUAGAGCUGUAUUGGUGUACUAUAUUUAACCUCCUUGCACUUGAGCACCUUAACAUCAGAAGUGUUAUAGCUGCCCUCCCACUUUGCGAUGUGAUACUGCCAUACUUUUGACAGCUGUCUGUUAAGUUCAAAAGUAUAUUGACCAAGAAUCUAUAAUUACUUGUAAAAGGUCGAACAGAAUUUGUUAAGAGUCUCUGAAAUAUAAAAAAAGUACACACAAAAGUGUGGGUAAACUUUAAGGAAUCAAAUCAAAGGGAAUUUGAGGUUUUGCAACACCAAGAUACUUGUGUGUGGGUCUUGCUUAUUCAGGUUUUGUGGCGUUUUUAUGACUUCUCGUGCGGGGCAUAAAACAAAAGGGUUCUUAAGUGGGGAUAAUACAACAAAACUGAGUCAACAUACCUCAGUAUACAAAAUGUAUCUUACACAUCCACCUUACAUUCAUUUUAAACAUGUGUAUGUUGCAUACUUUAGGGCAAACAUGCUUAGUGCGUAUUUUAACCCGUCAGAUACUUUUCAGGUCGGCUGAUGCUCCAGUUUUUUUUUUGGGGUAGUUCGGUCACUGCCAUUCCCUUUUAUCAGUUAAUAAACCGCAGUUGCGGCUUCCAUGCUCAAAAACAAGAAAAGCUUUUCGCAUUUUUUAAAAGAAGAGCAUUAUUAAUCGUUUGGCACUCGAACAAUGGGCAGCGGCGAGGUGAAAAUAUCUUUGGAAGAUUCCCCCAACUCCGGGGAAAGUUUCGCCAGUACAACUAGUGGUCCGUGUUGCGGUUCUGGCAGGGAUUUGGAUAUUCAGGUGGAUGAAAGGGACAACGAGGACGAUCAGUUCCAAUCGAGAGCCACCAGUGAAUUGCAAAAAUCCAAGAAAUCUAACAAGAAAUGUUCCAGCGAUCUUUCGACGGAGAAUAGCUAUGCUGCCAACAAAAAUGUAGCUGAAGGCCUUAUGGAUAUAGCUUUGCUUUCGGCGAAUGCGAAUCAGUUGCGAUUCCUGAUCACCUACAACGACAAGGCAUCCACGUACAUAUACAGCAUGAUUAUGGUGAUACUUUCCCUCGUGCUGCAGCUUUUAGUUGGUAUAAUGCUGAUCUUUAAACGACGUCUCAAGCGAUUUAGGAACCGAAGUUACGAAAGAACCAACGAUCUGCUAGUAAUGGGAGUUUUCAUGAUCACAGUGAUCAACAUUCUGCUGGCCGCAUUCACCACAACGGAUCAUUAGUGAAUUAACAAUA